AUGUCUGGUAAAGUCACAAAUAUGAUAAUAGCUAUUGCAAACGAUUUAGAUGUCAACAUUAAAUUAUUGCUUGGUAUAAUAAUUCCAAUAUUUGUAGUUAUAAUUACCUCAGUAUUGUUUAAAAGCGGAAUAUUUUUAAAUAGUGGUUUUAUUGCCAACAGUAGCAGUUCCACCUCAGGCCCUGUUUUUAUUGUGGCCGGUCCAAGUAACAGCGGUAAAACCUCCUUUUUAACCAGAUUACGUGAACCCAAUAAUACUAAGUUUCAAACAGUUACUACACAGGAAUACAGUGUUCUUAGAAAUUAUAGAAAUGCUAACAACUUGACAAAAAAGAAAGUUUGCAAUAUUAUCGAUUUUCCUGGUCAUAUAAGAUUACGAUAUCAAUUGUUAAAUUAUUUUAAAAACACAUUGAAAAAUAAAAGUAAUAUCAGGGGUGUGGUUUUUUUCAUGGAUUCAACAGUCAACGCUGAACAAAUGGUAUAUACUGCCGAAUGUUUACUAGAUAUCCUGAAUAUCACUGAAAAAAAUGGAAUUGAUGUUUUAGUUGCUUGUAACAAAUCAGAUCUGUUUGCCUCUAGACCAAGUUUGAAAAUCAAAGAACAAUUAGAAAAAAAUUUAAAGGAAAUCAUAAAUAGGAAAAAAAAAAGUGUUGGUGAAAAAAACAGUACUUUUGAUAAUACUGAUGAUGGUAAUGAUAAUAAUGGUAUUGGUAACUCUUUAGAAGUUAUUAUGGAGCAGCUAGGUUCUGAUCCCAAAUUUGAUAGAUUAGAAUCUGAAAUUGUUUUCAAAAAUGGUAGUGUAGUUAAUAAGAACAUAGAUGACUGGCUAGAAUGGAUGGAUGAAAAGUUGUAA